AUGGCGCGCGUCCGCCUCGCCCCGCUCUCCUCGCUCACUCAAACCCGCUACGUCCUGCACCUCUCCGACGGAAAACGCCUCGUCCUCUUCCGCCUCCCCACUAUCGAGACGCCGAAAACCAAAGACAAACCCCGAGCGCGCAAUGACGCCAACGGCUGGUCCUACUACGCCAUGGAAGCGGAAUGUCCGCAUGCAGGCGGCCCGAUGAAAGAUUCCUCCAUUGACAUCGAAGAUUCAGCAUACAUUGUGUCUUGUCCAUGGCAUGCGUAUGAUUUCAACGUCGAGACGGGAGAGUCGAGUGUGGGGAUUAAGGCGUGCACGUUCCCUGUUGAUGUGAGCGAUGAGGAUAUGGUGGUUGUGGAAUAUACCUCUGAGAAAUUGGGAGAGGGAGUGGAAUGA